GUGUUAAAGGUGUCGAAAUAUCGAUCAGCCAAUCUGAAACUAAUUCUGUUUCUGGUUCGUAUUUCGUAUAUGACUAUUUGUACUCUUUAUUAUAUUCUAAUUUCUUGUAUACAUCUGAAGAGUCUGCUCUCGAAAAAGAGUUUACCAAGAGCCUGAGUCUGAAAAACCUAUCUGAUCCCAAGGAUGAGAAACAAAACACAGCUUCAGAAACUAAAUCCAAAGCGUUUGUUGAUAUGGAAUUUACUUCAAAUCCGGUAACAAAUAAUGAUGUUGCUGAAGGUGACUUUAGAAUGUUUGCAAAAAGACUAGGAAUCAACAAAUUUACAGAAAAUAAAGAGAAUUGGAAAAAAUUUUACGUCAGUGAGUGUCGUGAGAUCUUUAACUAUAUUAUUCGUCCUGAGUGGGAACCAAUCGGAAAAGAACUGGCAAGAAAUACAAUUGAAUACCGUCGUCUACUCGGAUCUGGUGAUCUUGAUGAAUGGCAAGGAUCGCACAUUUUACUCAUUAACGGGAAAUUAGUUGAGUAUAGAAAAGAGAUAUCUUCGGAAGAAGAUGAAGAACUCGGGAAAAAAUUUCCAGGGUGUUUGUAUGUACCCGUUGUUAAACGGUUUGUUGAAUUGCGCAGAUCCUUAGCUAGGGAUGAUUAA